AUAGACAAUCAGGAAGUUUCCCGUCCCACCUCAACAGAUGUAUAGGUCUGGUUCUGGAAGUUUUACGAGCUGAGAAAGACAGUCAAACAUUACACCAAGUGCAUUUACAGCUCAACAGGCAACCAGAACCUGGAAAAAAAUACCUACGUGAUGCAGAGAAGAAAUAUUAUGCACUGACAUCACAUCGUUACACUCUGGAUGCCGUAGAACAGCAAAUUGAAGAUAUGAAGAUGGUCACUGACAUGGAAGCACGCCAGAAAUUCCUCAUGGUCGUAUACAAAAUACACGAACAUGGAGUUCAUAAACUCAAUAAACAUGUUGAAAGGUCAAAUCGAUUGUUGGCAGAGGCUUAUAGGGUCACUCUUAGAAAGCUAGAGACUUUACCACAGAAAAUGUUCCUUGAUCAGGCUAUUAGGUACUGUAAACAGCUACUGGCACAAAAAUCCAAGAAGGCCCAGGAUUCUAAAUCCCCCGUUGGCGCAUCAUCUCCUGUGCCAGCCAGUUUUAUACCACCUUCAGAGCCUGUUGAUCUGUCUACGAAAACAGUGAAACCUCCAACUUUGAUCAGUCUUGCCAAUAUUAUGAAAAGUCAGGGAGCAAGUUACAGCAUGCAAAAAGUGGUGGAAAAAAGUACAGCUAAACCUUCGAUUGAAUGUGCAAGUACUGAUAAUAGUCAGUCAAAUAAUGACAUACCUGCAAGUGAGAAACAAUCCACUGAGAAAGGAGAUGAAUCAGAUGUUAUAGUUCUUUCUGAUAGUUCUUUAGAUUCCCCUUUGAAAAAGAAUGAUAUUGAAAAGACUAAACCUGCUUCACCAGCUUUGAAUUCCAAUGCACCUACUGUAAAAAUUAAAAUGGGCUUACUCCAGGCAGUAAAAAAAUUAAAACCAAACAAGGAAGGUGGUAUAACAAGUGGAGAUAAUGAAACCUCACAGGAUGAAGUUUUGUCGUCUGCUUUAUCUGAAGAUGAAAGUGAGGCUCCUUUCCCGUCUGCUUCAGAUGAACAAGAGGCAAAGGCUAAUUCAACAACAACUUCUUCAUCAUCAUCAUCGUCGUCAUCAUCAUCUAGUGAGAGUGGAAGUAGCAGUGAUGAAGAAAGUGAUGAUGCUAAUGAUGGUGAUGAAGAUGAUAAUGAUAAAAGUGAUGACAGUGAUGAUGAAGAGUCAAGUAGUGAUGAAAAUGAGAGUGAUGAUAAUGGAGGUGAUGAGGAUGAAGAUAAUGCUGGUAAAUCAAACAAUAAAAAUUCCAUUAAAAAGAUAGAAAAUAAACCACAGAGUGUUCAAAGAACAAUGAAAGUAGUUCCAACAACGGAAGAUGAAGAAGAGAGUAGUGAUAAUGAUGAUGAAAUAGAUCUAAUAAGUAGUAAUGAAGAAGUGGAUGAGGAUGAUGUAAAAGACAAGGAUUAUAACGCAAGUGAAGAUGACAUUGAUGAUGAUGUUAUCAUGAUAUCAGAUGAAGAAUAUGCACCUAAAGGAAAAGCUGUAAUUCCUUCACCCCCACAUACAAGUGCUCAAAUGGGAACUGAGGUUCUUGUAAAAGAAGUUCCAGACUUUGAUCCCUCUUUGAUUUCAGGUUUGAUUGCAGAUGUUGAGCCAGUUCCAGUUGGGCUUCCAAUUGCUAAUAGAGCUAGUUCUAAUUUUGGACAAAGUGCAAUGGACAUUGAUAAAACCUGAAGUAUUUUGAUUGAAAUAUUAAUUUUUUUUUAAGGAUGAAUCAUUGAAAUGAUUUUGAUAUUAUAAUUGGAGUAUUUGUUCGUUUUGGAAAUUGUUCAUGGUAUUUGUUAAAACGUGCUUAGUUAACCAUAAGUUGUGAAUUUCUAAGAUUCUAAUAAUUCAGGGUCUUUCUAAACUUUUUUUAAACAUUCUUAUAUUACUGAACUCCUGCUCUUCGAUUUAUUUCAAAAUAAAUUUUGUAAGAAAAAUUGGAUGAUCCACACAAAAAUGAAGAACUCGUUUGGCAGGAGUAUUUUUAGGGGGUCAUGAUCACAAUACCAUUUGAAAAAGAGUAUUAGAUAUUUCAAUGAAUUGUUGAACAUGUCUUUACUUGUUGUAUUUAAAUACUACCUGAGUGUUUUCUGCAAGAAGCCAGUAACGUAACCUUUGUGUAUAGCCCUUGUACUAAUAAAUCAUUUUUCCUUUAAAUUUCUAGCACAAAAGCUAUGAAAAUUCAUAUAUUUGCAAUAUGAAUUUAUGAUUUUUCUGUUAAAAAUUCCAACGUUUUGUCUUGUGAACUGUUUUUAAAUUCUUCCAAUAUUUGCCAAAAGCCAGUUAACAGUCUGUAAUUGUGGAAUAUUGCUCUUGUUGUAUGCAUUGAUGUUGUAAAGUAAAAAAGAAAUAUGGCCAAGAAAUGUGUAGAGUUAUGCUUGAAAACAACCAACGAACAGUAUUUUAGUCACGUUGCACUGUCUAUUUUCUUUUGUGGGCCGUUUAUCUGACGUCACAGAGUUCAUUAAAGUAUCUUCUGUUAUUUAAAACCAAAGUCAUCUGAGCAGAUGCAACCGGAUUCUUAGAUAUACAUUUUCUCCCUGAAAAGUAAAGAAACUUGUAUGUCUGUCUGUUUAAGUUUAGUGUGUGAAAAAAAUGAACAAAGAAUAACAUAUGUUUGUUAAGCAAGCGGUUCUCCUUACCGUAGAUACUACAAUAUCAAAUGUAUAACUAAUUUAUUAGUUUGUAAACAAUAACUGACUUCCGUUAUAAGGUUCUACAGAGCUAAAUUUAUAAGACCUUGUAAGUAGUUAUUGUUUUUAGCUCACCAGAGCACAGAAUGCUAUUGUGAUACCAUGAAGUCCAGCAUUAACAUUGUUACUAUAACAACAUCUAUAAACUGCUUAACAAAUAGUGAUAUUGCUAUAAAUGUUCCGGUCCGCUGAACAAGAUGGCCUGCUGAAAAAGAUGGCCUCGUUAAUAACAUUGUACCUGAAACGUUGUGUUAAUUCCUGUAUAACAUAUACUUGUACAUACUAAGUAAAAAUACACAAUCACAUGAUCAAAUUUAGAAAAGAGAUAUUUAAUAUUGCUUAUAUCUUUCCAAUGUUCCUUGUAUGACAUUUAAAUGAAAGACAUGUUUGUUUAAUAGCAUGAUUGUUUAGUAUGUCUCCGAGUAAAAUCACACAAACCCAUGUUAAAGUUUUCUUGUUUACAAACGGUCACUUCCAGUUGGCACAUCCUGAAUGAAUUACGUGUUAGUAAGAAUUUAAGAAAUAAAGCCCUAAUAUUAAAUAAAUUAUUGGAACAUAUCUAUGAUAUAAACAAUAUCAAACAUGAAUUUUUAAAAUUUUCAAAUUUAUUGGUUCAACUUAAUAUGUAUAUUUUAAGUAUUUCAAGUUAACACUUUUGUGGCAGAUGUAAAAAUAACGGCUAAAUACGAUUUUGUUUAUUAUGUUCCGCACUGAGACAUUAUAGACAUUAUUCAUUUCUGCAAACACAGUAAGUAGCUGUCCAUUAUUUUGAUAUAUUGGAUACUUUUUAGCAAAUAUUGGAUAGUUUCUUCAUCUGUCAGUACCAUAAACACAAUACUGUACAAAUAUAACGAA